AUGAUAACCCGGGUGGAGCUUGGGGCUUACGUGGUAUGUGCGGCAGUGACCAGCCUGGCACGCUCGUGUGGGAUAUCGGAUGAGCAGCUGCUAAGCGGUGCAGCCCACGAGCUCCAGACCCACGGGACUCCUCUACUGUCGUCCUCUGUGUCAAAGAACCAGGUGGAUCACGCGGCAUCGAUGAAGACGCUCGCCAGCUCCAUCCAUGCAACACCAUGCCCGCUGCAAGUGCCAUCGUCAGCAGAGGCUAAAGCCGAUGUUACCUCUCCUGGUCAGAGGCCCGGGUCACCACCUGAAGCAGUGCCCACGAAGGAGGAACCUGAGAAUCCCACGGCUCCAGUGACACCGGAAGCACCAGGUAGGCUUGGUCGGACUCGAAGGGCCAGCAGUCGUCUGGGAGGAAGGGAGGAAUCGCACACAGUGCGCCAGAUCAGUAUGCAUUCCGCGUACGGCAAUCGUCCUGCUUCAAGCCGGUGGACCGGGAUCAGGCUUGGUGCGUACAACGUAGAGGACGAUGCGGCAUAUGCAUAUGCCGCAGCUGCGUACGUGAUCCGGCGCAAGGAUCACAUCCAGCACAUGAAGGUGCUGACUGAUGCAGAGAUGGCAGCGCUGGAUGGGUGUGUCAGGUCGGAUGUGAGGCACCUUGUGAAGGUCCGUCUGUGGUGGAGGUGGCGCCAGUGGAGGACAGCUAUGGCAGAAGUGGGCAUUGCACCUGGUACGCCCUUCCCUCUCGAAAAUGGAGGUUCCCGCUUGCCUGCUAACAGCAACGGUGAUGACGAAGGGGAGUACCCGCUGACACAGAUAGAGGAGGCCGUUGACGAGGAGAUGCAGGAGCCAGAGCUGGGGUAG